AUGAAGACAUUCUUGAGUUACGAGAUGAAGACGUUCUUGAGCCACGACUCCGUGAAGCUGAUCAAGUUCGCGGACGACACCACCCUCAUUGGACUCAUCUCCAACAACGAUGAGUCCGCCUACAGGAGGGAGGUGGACCGGCUGGUGUCCUGGUGCAGUGGUAACAACCUGGAGCUGAACGCCCAGAAGACAGUGGAGAUGAUUGUGGACUUCAGGAAGAGCACUGUCCCCCCGCCCCCACCCUCCGUGAUGGACUCCCCCAUCACCUCUGUGGAGUCCUUCCGUUUCCUGGGCACCACCAUCACCCAGGACCUCAAGUGGGAGCCGACCAUCAGCUCCCUCAUCAAGAAGGCCCAGCAGAGGACGUACUUCCUGCGGCAGCUCAGGAAAGCCAAGCUGCCUGCACAGAUGUUGGUGCAGUUCUACACGGCCAUCAUCGAGUCCAUCCUCACCUCCUCCGUCACCGUGUGGUUCGCUGGAGCCACAGUCAGGGACAAACAGAGACUACAGCGCAUUGUGCGCUCUGCAGAGGAAGUGAUCGGCCGCAGCCUUCCAUCGCUGCAGGACCUGCACACCUUACCGAACCGCUCGGUACCAGAUCCGCAUCUGCUUCUUGGCCGCCCUAGGCACGACCUUACCGAACCGCUCGGCACCCCAGACACCGGCCCCGGUAACCUCCGUAGACCGCUCCGCUCUGCAGUCUCCCCGCCGCUGCUGCUCGAAGGCGAGAUCCAGUCUCCCAGCCCCGCUCCUUGCUGUCGCUGCUGCUCGAAGGCGAGACCCAGUCUCCCAGCACCGCUCCUUGCCGCUGUACGCUUUUCAAGCCGUGCACAGAUGAGUACAGCCCCGUCAGUCCGUUCUAUGCUCCCCGUGUGCACGAGCCUUCCUUCACGCCCAGUGGAGCCAGGUCGCGUUGGUAUCACGCACACAGUGCUCCACCAAUGA